CCGCUGAAUUCGCAUCCCCUCGUCUAAUGGAUAACCCCACCGUGGACCCGCUCUUGUUCUUAUGCUUCAUCCCCUCAGAACCAUGGCUUCUCGAACGAGCUAUCAACAAGAACCUCUGUGAAGUCUGUCCAGGCGACUUCGAGUCCGAAUAUAUGGCUAAAAGAGAAGCCAUUCUGGACAUUAUAAAAGAAGCUCAGAUUCGUAUCGCUCAAUUGAAGAUCGUGAAGAACAACGGUGAACUCUCUAUGGCUAUUGCAGUGGGCACGAAUAACCCGAGGUUGGUGAAGGUCGGCCCUAAGGGUAUGGAUCGUUUGAAGAAUAUUUUGGGGACGAAGAGGGCGCCGAGGUUUUAUGCUCCCGGUUCUUUCUAGGCCCCGCUCUAAACUAAACUGUGCUAGCUGGCACCAAUGUUCUAGGCCAUGCCCAAGCGUCAGAUGAGUUACAUCCUUUGUUUUCAAUGAAUCGGUUGUCCGUGUUUCUGUAAUAUAUUCGAGUUGUAUGU